GAAGAGAAUACAGUCCCCCUCGUUUGAAGCUUUAUUUGUACGGACUAAUCCUGACUUUAACACAUCUUUGAGUUCUGCAGCAGCUGUUAUAAGUGAUGAAGUUAAAAUAAAAGCGUUUUAUUUUGUGUGUUUUGAGAAUUAAAAACCUCGCUGUGCUUUAAACCCAGAGAGGAGUUGUAAUGAGUUCAGCAGGAGACAGAUGGCUCUCCUCCAGGAUGUCUCAGGCUCCUGAUCCUGAUCCCUCACAGCUGUGUGAGGACAUGAAAACUGAGACUUUAAGUGGAGGAACAUCCAAAGGGUCAGGAGUCCAUGUGAAGAAAGAGGAGUCGCUGGAGCUGAACAUCUACAGCCAUGGAGACGACCUUGACACCACACCUGAUGUUAUCUGCAUUAAAGAGGAAGAUCCUGACAGUGAAGACUACCUCUACUGUGAGGUCUGUAAAUCCUCCUUCUUCAAUAAGUGUGAGGUUCAUGGUUCUCCCCUCUUCAUCCCUGAUACCCCUGUCCCUAUGGGGGUUUCUGACCGAGCCAGACAAACUCUUCCUCCUGGACUGGAGGUUCAGGAGUCCAGUAUUCCUAAUGCAGGACUGGGAGUGUUUAAUAAGGGGGAGACUGUUCCAGUAGGUGCACACUUUGGACCCUACCAGGGAGAGCUGGUGGACAGAGAGGACGCCAUGAACAGUGGGUACUCCUGGGUGAUACGCAUGAGCGGUCAGUGUGAAGAAUAUAUAGAUGCCAGUAGAGAAACGCAGGCGAAUUGGAUGAGAUAUGUGAAUUGUUCACGUAAUGAGGAGGAACAGAAUCUUGUAGCAUUCCAGUAUCGACGGGAAAUUCUGUAUCGAUGCUGUCGACCCAUAAACCCUGGACAGGAGCUCUUGGUGUGGUUUGACGAGGACUACACCAAAGACCUCUGUUCUGUGUUUGAAAUUCUCUGGAACCAAAAGUGCUCCAUGAAUGGAGAGAAGUUGUAUCACUGUUUACUGUGUGGAAAGAGCUUUAGUCACCAGGGUACUCUCCAACAACACCAGCGCAUUCACAUUGGGGAAAAACCAUUUCACUGCUCACUGUGCGACAAGAGUUUUAAUCACCAUGGUACUCUUCUAGUCCACCUGCGCAUUCAUACAGGAGAGAAGCCAUACCACUGCUCGCAGUGUGGCAAGAGUUUCAAUCAACGGAGUAAUCUCCGACAACAUCAGCGUGUACACACAGGAGAGAAGCCGUACCACUGCUUACAGUGUGGGAAAAGUUUUAAUCAGCAAGGUGAUCUCCAAAGACACCAGCGAAUUCACACAGGAGAGAAGCCGUAUCAGUGCUCACAGUGUGGGAAGAGUUUUAAUCGUCAGGGUACACUGCUAGUCCACCAGCGCAUUCACACAGGAGAGAAGCCAUAUCACUGCUUACAUUGUGGAAAGAGUUUCAAUCAACGGAGUAAUCUCCAAGUCCACCAGCGCCUUCACAACGGGGAGAUGCCUUAUUUUUGUUCGGAGUGUGCGCAGACAUUUACUGAUUCAGUUGAAUUUAAGACCCACAAAUGCACUAACUCAGGAACAGUUCAUGAUUUAAAGUCAAGGUAAAUUACUGCUAAAUAAAUGCUUUUGGCAAAAAACUGUUUCUUGAACUGUAAUAUUUAUUUAUUUAUUUUGAAUUUCUCUAGAAGUCAAAUUAUGUUAUACAGCAAUAUGUAAAAUAGUGUUGUAAAUUGUAUAACUGCAGCACUACUAUCAGUGUAGAAUAAAAACAAAUAGAGCCAUUAAAAUACCAGAUACCAAGAUUUACUGUUCAUAAACUUAAUGAUGUAUGAAAUGCUGCCAAUAUUUUAGUUAAUCUGUCUUUUUCCCCCAUUUUUGACUUUCUCUAUCCAUAAGUCAAAUAUAAUUAAUCUCAAUUUGUCAUGCUGUCUUCAGCUACAAACUCCAAAAUCAUUUCAUACCAAUAUUUUUAACUUGGUUAUGCUGGCCACCUGAAUUUAACUGAGCCACUAGUUAUGGGACUUUCAUUUAAUUAUUACUGCAGUGAUUAAUAUAGUAAUGUGGCAACAAUUUAUUUAAUUGACAAUUUUAUAAAUUGUAUAUAGUGCAU